UAUUUUCCUCCUGCUCUCGUCCCUACUUUCCUUUCUCUCUCUCGAAAAGUGUAAACCCUCGCCAAGAAACAAGGAAAGGAACCCCCGAGAGAGAAGAAGAAGAAAAAAUGAGCGGUAGCUUUCUGAGAAGCCGCAGUAAAUCCUGUCUUCAGAAAUUACUUGAAAGACGUUCGAUUUUUACAAUCGAAAACGGGGUUUCAUCUUCUUCGUCUUCGCCAUUACAAACUGUAAUUACAAAACAGCAAUUUAGAAGUUUUUACAGAUCUCCAAUUGUUUAUAGGAAGAUUAAAGAAUCUGGAUUUUGUUCUCCUUCUACAUUAUCAUCUUCAUUUUGCUCUUCUUCUUCUUCGUCGUCGUCAUCGUCAGCUGUUUCUACAAAGAAUGGGAUUAUUGGAUGGUAUUUAGGUUUGAUUGAGUCGAGACCGAUUCUUACUAAAAGUAUUACUUCUGCUCUUAUUUAUACUGCCUCUGAUUUGUCUUCUCAGAUGCUCACCGAAGCAACAGAAGAGCCUCUUGACUCGAUAAGGACUUUGCGUAUGGCUGGGUAUGGGUUGCUUAUCAUGGGUCCGUCACUACAUUUCUGGUUUAACUUUGUCUCGAAAGUCUUACCAAAGCGGGAUGUGCUUACUACUCUGAAGAAAAUAUUUAUGGGGCAGACUAUCUACGGACCUAUUAUGGCUACCGUGUUUUUCUCUCUGAAUGCAGGCUUACAAGGUGAAAAUGGUGCUGAGAUUAUUGCUAGACUAAAGCGGGACUUACUUCCAACUCUGAAGAAUGGCCUUAUAUAUUGGCCGAUGUGUGACUUUAUCACAUUCAAGUUCAUCCCAGUCCGUUUACAGCCGUUGGUGAGCAAUUCAUUUGCUUAUCUGUGGACUAUAUACCUCACCUACAUGGCAGGCUUAGCGAAAGCAGGUCCGAGUGAGAUAUGUGAAGAUUGAUUGAUUUACUAACAACCAGGGCGUACCAGGCAGACUAUCCGGUGUGUCAGUUUAAUUUUUUUGUCGAUGUCCACCAGAUUAAUCCGUGUGAUUGAUUUUGAAAAAGAAAAAGAGUUAAGAAAGAAAAAAAGGAGAUGGUUUUAUUCCACCAUGCAAAUCCAGUUUAAUGUAAUCUAUAUUACAGAAAUAUUUAAAGGUAUUAUAGGAUUCCACACUAUUUGUUGACGUUCC